AUGGAUAAGAGUUGGAUGUGGAAAGAUAGAAGAAGUGGUGAAUUUGAAAAGGGUUUGGAAUUAUUCUUAAACUAUGCAUUUAAGCAUUCAAGUCAUGGGAAUGGAAUGAUUGCUUGUCCAUGUUCAGAAUGUAAAUGUGGAGUAUGUGUGUCUAGGGCAGAUGCAAAAAUUCAUUUGAAGGUGUUUGGAUUUCUUAAGGGAUACACACAGUGGGUAGCUCACGGGGAAUUUGUAUACUCUUCUGCACCGAUACAGACCUCAGACAAUGUUCCUCAUAACGUAUCUGAUAUAGGUGAUGACAUGAAUGGUCUAGUUCAUGAAGCCUUAGGAAUACCUCAACAAGAUCCUGCUAUGGCUGGUACAUUUGAAUCUAAUCAGGAACUACUGAAUUCAGUUGCUGAAAAGUUUUAUAAGUUAAUUGAUGAUUCUCAACAAGAACUCUACCCUGGUUGUAAAAAUUUUUCCAAGCUUUCGUUCAUAAUUCGCUUGCUUCUCUUGAAGUGUCUGGGUAAAUGGAGUAACAAAAUCUUUGAUAUGCUUCUUGAUUUGUUAAGAGAAGCAUUUCCUGAAGCCAUGGAAAAAUUGCCUAAAUCUUACUAUGAAUCUGAAAAAUUAAUGAAAGAAUUAGGACUUGGAUAUGAAAAGUAUGAUGCUUGUCCUAAUGAUUGCACUUUGUAUUGGGGGGUAAAUGCAAAAAGAACUUGUUGUGAAACAUGCAAAGAACUUAGAUGGGAAGCAUCAGAAAAUGAUCCAUCCGGUGAGAAAAGAAAAGUCGCACGUAAGGUUUUAUGGCAUUUUUCACUAAAACCCAGGUUGCAACGUUUAUUUAUGUCAUCUAAAACUGCAAAGCAUAUGAGAUGGUGA